GUUGACAACCCUCUGAUAACACCCACUUUGAAAUAGGAGUGCUGGCUGUUUAUGCCCCAGAACUUGCUCAUCUGACGUCAUCACAGAGCUCCAGGAAGUUUGCUGUGCUCCUGACCACUGGUUCCAGAUCAGCUAACAGAACACAUUUUAACUGUGUUGGCGGUAGCUAUUCUGCAACAAAGUCAAGGCGGCUCAGGUCAGUUUUGGUACGCGGAUGCGCGCACGUACGAAUGUUUGGAGGGAGUGUGCGUGUUCGAUUGACAGUCAUAUGCAAGCCACCCUGCACACAGUCACGAUGUCUGAAGCUGCUGCUGUAGCUGAGAACAACGGAGACGCUGGACUAAAUGGGUCCUGGGUGGAGUUGGAGAUGAACCGAGCUGCGGCCACAGCUGCGGCAGGGUUGUCCCAGUCUACCUCCACCGUUGGCCAGGCUCUGGGUCUGCUCCCCCUGCCUCAGGUGGUGGUGGUGGAGGAGGUGGUGGAUGGCAUUGUGGGGGGCCUAGAGCAUGUGCCUUCCUCAUCCUCCAUCCAUAACGGAGACAUGGAAAAGAUUCUACUGGAUGCUCAGCAUGAGUCUAGCCGCAGCAACUCUUCCUGUGACAGUCCUCCCCGGCCUCCUAGUCCCCAGGAGGAUGAUCAUGAUGGACAGAUCAUCUUUGAUGUGGACGUGAGCAGCAGAAUAGAUGGCCAAUCAGAGAAAGAUACCCUGGAGAGGGACAUGGAUAUCCUGAUGAAGGACUCCGACUGGGUAGCAGACUGGUCAAGUCGGCCUGAGAACAUUCCUCCUAAGGAGUUCCAUUUCCGCCACCCCCGACAUUCAGAUACACUCAGCAUGAGAAAGACCGGGGCGAUGAAGAAAGGAGGUGUCUUCUCUGCAGAGUUCCUCAAAGUGUUCAUCCCCUCACUGCUACUAUCACACAUCCUGGUCCUGGGGCUGGGGGUGUACAUUGGGAAGAGGUUGAGCACGCCCCCUACGAGUUCUUUCUGAGCAAGAAGCUGAACGAGUGCCUGCGGGAGAAAUUCCGCUGUUGUAUGAAGAAUUCACCUCUCUCCUCAAACUAUUCCUCUCCUUUGCCCCCUCUUUCUCUCUCUGCUUUCUCCCACCUAAAUAAUUUCCUCCUCCUGUAAACUGCGCAGACCUGAACCGUGCUGUGUUCUUAGGACAGAUGUGUUGCCUCCAGCCCCCCCUCCCCCUUCCUUCCUCAUUUGUAUUGGUGAGGUAAUGAAAAGUGAGGUCAUGUUCCCUUUUCCUCUUGUUUUGGGUGUAAUUGUUUAUAAAGUGUGUUUUUUUGGGGAGGGGGCAAAGCAUAAAACCAAACUCCUCUACACACUAGCUCCAGCACUCUCAUGCCUGGUACAAGAAAGAGCUGUCUGCCCCACAGAUUUACAAAAUAGAAGUAGCCCAAGAUUGUGCCAUCUACAAUGUUGGUUUGGUGACUCUCAAGCCCGUCACUUGACCCUGAAAGGGUCUAACUAAUUUCAUAAAGAAAGAAGCUAACCUGAAAAUGUGAGCAUGCCUUUGAAAGUAAUCAUUUUGUCUAUAACUAUAAAUACAAUUUACUGUAGAUGUUAUGGUCUUUUUUAAAGUAUUUUUACCACCAUAAUAAAGCCUGAGUUUUGAUUAA